AUGGAAAGCGGGCCCAGAGAACCGCCUAGCAGUGCCCAGGAGUCCCAGGAAAUUUCCCCGCCCGGAUUCCUGGUGUUCACCGGCUGCCCGGAGCAGGAUGUCAGUUUGGCUAAGCAGUUCUGGCUCGGGGCGUCCAUGUACCCCCCGACCGAAUCCCAGCUGGUGCUGAGCAGAGGCAGCAGUCAGCGUCUGGCGGUGGCUCGACCCUCUAAGAUGUCCGUGGUCGAGAAUGAAGCUGUCUUUGCUAAAGCCCUGAAGAUUCAGGAAUCUGAGGAGAAAGAAAAGUAUCUCCAAAAGGUAGUAGACUAA